AUGAGUCCGAGCAUCUCCGCUGAGGCUGGCCAGCCUCUUCCUGCGCGCUCCACUGUGGCCCAGAGAAAACAGGCCCACGAACUCAGAAAGACUUUGAAGCCCUUGCUGGAGAAGAGAAGGCGCGCUCGCAUCAAUGACAGCCUCAGUCACCUGAAGAGCCUGAUUUUGCCUCUUGUUGGCAAAGACAACGCGCGUUACUCCAAGCUGGAGAAGGCCGAUAUUCUGGAGAUGACCGUGCGCUUCCUCAGAGAUCUUCCAUCCUCUCCGGUCAAAGACUCUGCUGACAGUUAUAGAGAGGGUUACAAAGCCUGCCUCCAGCGGGUCUCCGCUCUGCUGCCCAAAACCAGCCUGGACCAGAACGCGUGCCGGCGCGUGAACGACUUCAUCCAGCAGACCAUGUCCAGCACAGUCGCACCGACCUGCCUGAACUGCUGCGCCCAGAGCUCCAGGACUCUCCCUCAGAUCCAACACAGACUCUUGAGCCUCAAGUCGAGCUUCAGCUCCAGACUUGAGAGCCAGUCCCGGAACGACCUGGGAGCCGAGGCCCCCAUCCGAGCGCAGGCCCUCCAGCAGCCUGUCAGCGCUGCCAUGUGGAGGCCUUGGUAGAAUCUA